AUGAGAAUGCUUCUGCACUUGAGUCUCCUAGCUUUUGGAGCUGCUUCUACGUGUGCUGCUGCCGUGCUGAGUCCCAUGCAAAGGCUGGUGGCAGAGACCAUGGCGCUGCUCUCCACUCACCAGGCUCUGCUGAUAGGUGACGAGAACCUGAUGAUCCCUACUCCUGGACAUAAAGACCACCAACUGUGCAUUGAAGAAGUCUUCCGGGGGGUGGAGACACUGAAGAAUCAGACCGCACAAGGGGACGCCGUGGAAAAACUCUUCCAAAACCUGUCUUCCAUAAAAGAGUACAUAGAUGGCCAAAGGAAAAUUAAGUGUGAAGGGGAACGAUGGAGAGUAAAAAAAUUCCUGGAAUACCUGCAGAGGUUUCUUGGUGUGAUGAACACUGAGUGGCCAAUGGAAAAUGAAGACUAA